AAUCUAUCGGUGAUCAUGGUCCAGCUAGAAAGACACCAGUCUUACCCUAACUUUUUUCAAAGUCUGUGUCUUUCUGUAGAAAUCUGAGGAAUAAAUAUUUGAAUCUAAAGAGAAUAAAGAAGAAAGUAAAAAAGCAAAAUCGAAGUUUUGUUCAAUUUUCUGGGAUCAUAGAGCAAUUUUCGUUUCUUUAUUCGUUGAAAGUGUGAAGCUUUUUUGAUUCAGUGAGAAGUGUUAAUGGCGGGUUACAGAGCAGAUGAUGAUUACGAUUACCUAUUCAAGGUGGUUCUGAUCGGUGAUUCAGGUGUUGGAAAGUCCAAUUUGCUUUCUCGAUUCACCAGGAACGAGUUUAGUCUCGAGUCUAAAUCAACGAUCGGGGUCGAGUUCGCGACUCGUAGCUUGAAUGUUAAUGAAAAAGUCAUCAAAGCCCAGAUUUGGGACACUGCUGGUCAAGAAAGAUACCGAGCAAUCACUAGUGCUUACUAUCGAGGAGCUGUUGGGGCGCUUCUUGUUUACGACGUAACCCGACACUCAACAUUCGAAAACGUUGAGAGAUGGCUAAGGGAACUCCGUGACCACACUGACCCAAACAUAGUUGUGAUGCUUGUGGGAAACAAAUCCGAUCUUCGCCAUCUUGUAGCAGUCCAAACCGAAGAUGCAAAAUCUUUUGCAGAGAAUGAAUCACUCUACUUCAUGGAAACCUCAGCUCUUGAAUCUACCAAUGUUGAGAACGCGUUUUCUGAAGUACUCACUCAGAUUUACCAUGUUGUGAGCAAGAAAGCAAUGGAGGCUGGUGAAGAUUCCGGUAAUGUUCCUUCGAAAGGAGAGAAGAUCGAUGUUGAUGUUUCCGCAGUGAAGAAAACUGGUUGCUGCUCCAACUAAAUGGUCUUAUGUCCUAAAGCUGAAAUCGGUUUUUAAAUUUUACAUUCAAAUUUUGUUUUUGAAGAUGUUUGCUUUUUUUUAGGAAAACAAACUAUGUUAUGCCUUUUGAUUUGCUUGUUUGAAAAUUGCUUAGCUUUGGUCUGAUUCUGUACCGGUUAAGGGAUUUUGUAAUUUAACCGGUUCUGGUCUAUGGUUUGUUUUUAAUUCAAUCCGCAAAUAUCUCUAAACCAAUAUUUAUUGUGCUAAUCCUUGAACACAACUAAUUUUUGUUAUACCAAUUUAGAAAAUUUUCGU